AGGAGGAGGAGAAGAAGGAAGGCAGGCUGGUAGCUCCGGUGCAGCCGCUGCCGGGCUGAGUCGCACUCGCAGAUCGAGCCGCGUCCGUAGCUGCCAUCGGCCCCCGGCGCCGCUCGCAGUCCGGUCCCAUCGGAGAAGCGCCUGAUGAUGGAGGCGGCCGCCGCGCUGUGCCCCGGCCCGCGGCCCGCGCUGCCCGUCGGGGGCCCCGGCCCGCUUGGCGAGUUCCUGCCUCCCCCCGAGUGUCCAGUCUUCGAGCCCAGUUGGGAAGAGUUUGCUGACCCCUUCGCCUUCAUCCACAAGAUCCGGCCCAUCGCUGAGCAGACGGGGAUCUGCAAGGUGCGGCCGCCGCCGGACUGGCAGCCUCCAUUUGCAUGUGAUGUUGAUAAACUUCAUUUUACCCCACGGAUUCAGAGGUUAAAUGAGUUGGAGGCCCAAACUCGUGUAAAAUUGAAUUUCUUGGACCAGAUUGCAAAGUAUUGGGAGUUACAGGGAAGUACGCUGAAAAUUCCACAUGUGGAAAGAAAGAUCUUGGACUUAUUCCAGCUUAAUAAGUUGGUUGCAGAAGAAGGUGGAUUUGCAGUUGUUUGCAAAGAUAGAAAAUGGACCAAAAUUGCCACCAAGAUGGGGUUUGCUCCUGGCAAAGCUGUAGGCUCACAUAUCAGAGGGCACUAUGAACGCAUCCUCAACCCCUACAACUUAUUCCUGUCUGGAGACAGCUUGAGGUGUCUGCAGAAGCCAAACCUGACAACAGACACCAAAGACAAGGAGUACAAGCCCCAUGAUAUUCCUCAGAGGCAAUCUGUGCCACCCUCAGAAACGUGCCCCCCGGCCCGUCGUGCCAAGCGUAUGCGAGCGGAGGCCGUGAAUGUGAAAGUAGAACCAGAGGCCCGAAUUCAUAAUCUAAGGCGUCGAAUGGGCUGUCCAGCUCCAAAAUGUGAAGAUGAGAAGGAAAUGAAAAGUCACAUCAAGCAAGAACCAGUGGAGAAGAAAGAUUAUAUUGUAGAGAGCGAGAAGGAAAAGCCCAAGAGCCGAUCUAAAAAAACCACCACUGCUGUGGACCUGUAUGUCUGCCUCUUGUGUGGCAGUGGCAACGAGGAGGACCGCCUUCUGCUGUGUGAUGGCUGUGACGAUAGCUAUCAUACCUUUUGCUUGAUUCCACCACUCCACGACGUCCCCAAGGGGGACUGGAGGUGUCCUAAGUGUUUGGCUCAGGAAUGCAGUAAGCCACAAGAAGCAUUUGGCUUUGAACAAGCCGCCAGGGACUAUACCCUGCGAACUUUUGGUGAAAUGGCAGAUGCCUUCAAAUCUGAUUACUUCAACAUGCCAGUCCAUAUGGUUCCUACAGAGCUAGUGGAGAAAGAAUUUUGGCGCCUGGUAAGCACUAUUGAGGAAGAUGUCACAGUGGAAUAUGGAGCUGAUAUUGCUUCAAAGGAAUUUGGCAGUGGAUUUCCUGUGCGAGAUGGAAAAGUCAAGGUCUCACCAGAGGAAGAGGAAUACCUGGAUAGUGGAUGGAAUUUGAACAACAUGCCCGUAAUGGAGCAGUCCGUCCUUGCCCACAUAACUGCCGACAUAUGUGGCAUGAAGCUGCCCUGGUUGUAUGUUGGAAUGUGCUUUUCAUCCUUUUGUUGGCAUAUUGAGGACCACUGGAGCUACUCAAUCAAUUAUCUUCACUGGGGCGAGCCAAAAACCUGGUAUGGAGUCCCAGGCUAUGCUGCUGAGCAGCUGGAAAACGUGAUGAAGAAACUGGCUCCAGAGCUCUUCGUGUCCCAGCCCGACCUCCUGCAUCAGCUUGUGACCAUCAUGAACCCCAACACCCUGAUGACACACGAAGUUCCUGUUUAUCGGACUAAUCAGUGUGCCGGCGAGUUUGUGAUCACUUUUCCAAGAGCCUACCACAGUGGUUUUAACCAGGGCUUUAAUUUUGCGGAGGCUGUUAACUUCUGCACUGUUGACUGGCUGCCCUUAGGCCGGCAGUGUGUGGAGCAUUACCGCCUGCUUCACCGGUACUGUGUGUUUUCUCAUGACGAAAUGAUUUGCAAGAUGGCUUCCAAAGCUGAUGUACUAGAUGUUGUGGUAGCUUCAACUGUUCAGAAGGAUAUGGCCAUCAUGAUUGAGGAUGAGAAAGCUUUAAGAGAAACUGUUCGUAAAUUGGGAGUGAUCGAUUCAGAAAGAAUGGAUUUUGAGCUGUUGCCAGAUGAUGAGCGUCAGUGUGUAAAAUGUAAAACCACGUGCUUCAUGUCUGCCCUCUCCUGCUCGUGUAAGCCGGGCCUGCUGGUGUGCCUGCACCAUGUGAAAGAAUUGUGUUCCUGUCCUCCUUAUAAAUAUAAAUUGCGAUACAGAUACACUCUGGAUGACCUCUACCCUAUGAUGAACGCAUUGAAGCUUCGAGCAGAAUCUUACAAUGAGUGGGCCUUAACUGUGAAUGAAGCUUUGGAGGCAAAAAUCAACAAGAAGAAAAGCCUCGUCAGCUUUAAAGCUUUAAUCGAGGAAUCUGAGAUGAAGAAGUUCCCUGACAAUGACCUUCUGCGCCACCUGCGCCUGGUGACACAGGAUGCAGAGAAGUGUGCCUCUGUUGCGCAGCAACUGUUGAAUGGCAAGAGGCAGACAAGAUACAGAUCUGGUGGAGGGAAGUCCCAAAAUCAGCUGACGGUGAAUGAACUCCGCCAGUUUGUGACGCAGCUCUAUGCUCUUCCAUGUGUCCUCAACCAGACCCCGUUACUGAAGGAUCUCUUAAACCGUGUGGAGAACUUUCAGCAGCACAGCCAGAAGCUGCUCUCAAUGGAAAUGCCCAGUGCCGCUGAGCUGCAAGAUCUGCUAGACGUCAGCUUUGAAUUUGAUGUGGAGCUUCCACAGCUAGCUGAGAUGCGGACGCGGUUGGAACAGGCCCGUUGGCUCGAAGAGGUGCAGCAAGCUUGCCUAGACCCCAGCUCCCUUACGUUAGACGAUAUGAGACGGCUCAUAGACCUGGGGGUGGGGCUGGCCCCCUACUCUGCAGUAGAAAAAGCGAUGGCACGGCUGCAGGAACUGCUCACGGUGUCUGAGCACUGGGAUGACAAAGCCAAGAGUCUCCUUAAGGCCAGACCCCGGCACUCCCUGAGCAGUCUUGCCACCGCCGUCAAGGAGAUGGAGGAGAUCCCUGCAUACCUGCCCAACGGCGCAGCUCUGAAGGACUCAGUGCAGAGAGCCAGAGACUGGCUUCAGGAUGUGGAGGCCCUACAGGCUGGAGGACGUGUGCCUGUGCUGGACACACUCAUAGAACUCGUUACGAGAGGACGCUCGAUCCCAGUGCACCUGAAUUCUCUGCCGAGACUGGAAUCCCUGGUGGCUGAGGUUCAAGCGUGGAAAGAAUGUGCUGCCAACACAUUCUUGACUGAGAAUUCGCCAUAUUCUCUGCUGGAGGUGCUGUGUCCUCGAUGUGAUGUUGGCCUUGGGGGAUUGAAAAGGAAGCAGAGGAAAUUGAAGGAGCCCUUGCUGAGUGGGAAAAAGAAAGGUACCAAGUCUGAGAGCCUGAGCGAGCUGGAGAGAGCUCUGUCGGAGAGCAAGGAGACGAGCUCGGCGAUGGCUGCUCUUGGGGAAGCCCGCCUGAGGGAGAUGGAAGCCCUGCAGUCUCUCCGACUUGCCAACGAGGGGAAGCUGCUGUCGCCUGUCCAGGAUGUGGAGACCAAGAUCUGCCUAUGUCAGAAGGGCCCAGCUGCCCCCAUGAUUCAGUGUGAGCUCUGCAGGGCUGCUUUCCACACGGGCUGUGUGACAACAGCCGCCACUGCACAGGGCCCUCAAAUCUGGCUCUGUCCCAACUGCCGGAGGUCAGAGAAACCUCCACUUGAGAAGAUUCUGCCACUGCUGGCCUCUCUGCAGAGGAUCCGGGUUCGCCUUCCCGAGGGAGACGCGCUUCGGUACAUGAUCGAGAGGACGGUAAACUGGCAGCAUAGGGCCCAGCAGCUGCUCUCGUCAGGGAGCCUGAGAUCUGUGCACGAGCACGUGGGCUCGGGACUAUUCCACAGCAGGUGGCCAGCCUCGGUGGGGCAGGCGGCUGAGACAUGCAAGGUGUCUCAGCCUCCUGGCCCGACGUCCUUUGCCUCACCCAGUGACCGGGACAGCAGAACCUCACAUGGACACUCGCCCUUCUCCACUGGGCAGAGCUGUGUUCCUCUCCAUGCCCUCAGUCCAGAAGUGAAUGAACUGUUGAUGGAAGCCCAGUUGCUCCAAGUGUCCCUUCCUGAAAUUCAGGAGCUUUAUCAGACCUUGCUUGCAAAGCCAAGCGCCCCUCAGCUAAGCGACAGGAGCUCCCCGGCAUGGCCCAGUGGCGAGAAGAAUGACUGCUGCCGGGCGAAGCGUGAUGGAGUCAGCAGUGUGGAGCGAAAGCUCAAGAGACGCCUGGAAAGAGAGGACCUUGCCAGUGAACGGUGGGAUCGAGUGAAAAAAAUGCGGACCCCCAAAAAGAAGAAAAUCAAACUAAACCACCCCAAGGACACGAACAGUUUCAAGUUAGAGAGAGAACGUAGUAGCUAUGAGUCGGCACGUUCUGCCGAGAGCCACUCCCUGCCCUCAGACACGUCCCAUUCAGAGCAGGAGGACUCAGAGGACGAAGACGCCGUGUGCCCUGCCGAGAGCUGCCUGCAGCCAGAAGGAGACGAGGUGGACUGGGUCCAGUGUGAUGGCAGCUGCAAUCAGUGGUUUCACCAGGUCUGUGUUGGUGUCUCUCCAGAGAUGGCAGAGAAGGAGGACUACAUCUGUGCCCGCUGUGCCGGGAAGGAGGCGCCAGGCCGGAAGUGAAACACACACAGACACCCCGCCCCGUGCCAUUCAGGACUCCCACCGGGAAGAUUUCUUGAAAUCUCAGCAAAGCUGCAGGACUGGUGUUGAAGCCAGCCUGUAAACGGUGCUAUUUCUAUUCCUUAUGGGAUCAUUUUUCCAGAACUCUUUGAAAAAAAGAAAAAACAACUAAAAAAAUUUUUGACACUUUUUGUAUUUUUCCUUAAGAGCUGUUUGUGGUGUGGAGGGGUGAGAUGGUGACUGCUUCCUGCAGGGGUCCCCACCACCUGGAAGGCCCUGGCACACACGCCUGGCCCUGCAUGGCCCUGGCGGCUCGCCUCCGUCUGGAAUGGACCAGCCCGCAGCGCAGCUCGGACUCCGUGUCCAGAUGGGCACCAGAAAUUCCAGUAAAUCCUCAUCUGAGGAAUCUCUCUCGUUUACUCUGGCACCAAGGGGGACUUGACCAUUUUCCACUUUGGGGUUUUUUUGUUUGUUUGUUUGUUUGUUUGUUCCUUUCUUUAUUGACACACUUUUCCUUUCCUGGUAGACUAGGUUUAUUUAUCUGAGCAAUAACUUCUAUGUUGGUUUCAGUGGCUGGAAUUAAAACAAAACAAAACAACCUGUGCGCUGUGUGUUGCUGCUUUAGCAUCGCUGGUGUGCAGAGCGCACGCGUCCGGGCCGGGCUCGCAGCGGACUGGCACUGCUCCGCCGGCCUUGGCCACACAGCUGUGCUUUGGCUUCCUCUCGGCUCCUGCCUCCUUGCCGAUUUUGGUAGCUUGUAUCAAAUGUUGCAGUUUUUAUUGUGGAAUAAACCUUCCUCCUCACAGAGCGCUAACUGCUGGUUAUUGAGAGCCCAUGGAGUGCAGCCCCUGGUGCCCCUCGGCCUGCAACAGCUGGGAGCUGCUUGGGAAGCCAUGCUGGUGCCCCAGUGCUGGGGUGCGUUCUCCCAUUCUGAGGGAGCGAUGUCUUACACAGGCUUGCAGGAGACCUGGGCCAGGGCUGAGGGUUGGAAGGAAGGGUGAGGAAGAGAGGGCCAGGGAGGAGGCUCAUGACCCUUCAGGCUCUGCCUUUCCAGUGUCCUCCCCACCUCUCCUGCGGUCCUCGCAGGCUCUGGACACUGCUGCUGCCCCCGUGGCCUCUGCUGUGUCGCAGUAACAGCACCCCUGGGAGCAGAGUACACGGGUUUGGUUUGUCCUGUCACUAAAACUUGUUUUCCCAUGUUCUGCAGCCAUAACCUGGAGGAGGUAGAACUAGAGGGUUUUUAAUGAAAUCAAACAACAGCAGUUUGUGAUGUAGCAAGAUUUCAAUGUACCACCCCCUUUUAUGCAAUUCAUAUAAUUAAAUUCUUUCUGAAUGAC